CCUGCUGAGGUUGGACCCCAACAUCUGGCGCUCGACCGUUGUCCAGCUGCGUGCUUUCCCGCUCCCGCCGCAGGCUCUGGUGCCCCCUCUGCGUCUGUCUCCGCCGCGCCCCCUUCGAGCCCAAAGAUGACCAACAUCAUGCUGUUCAGCGGCAGCUCCCACCAGGACCUGUCCCAGCAGGUGGCCGGCCGGCUGGGCCUGGAGCUGGGCAAGGUGGUCACCAAGAGGUUCAGCAACCAGGAGACCAGAGUGGAGAUCCGUGAAAGCGUGAGAGGGAAGGAUGCGUACAUCAUCCGGAGCGGCGGCGGGGCGGUCAUUGACAACCUGACGGAGCUCCUCCUCAUGAUCCAGGCCUGCAAGAUCGCGUCGUCGUCCCGGGUGACCGCCGUGAUCCCGUGCUUCCCCUACGCCCGCCAGGAUAAGAAGGACCGGAGUUGUGCUCUGAUUUCUGCGAAACUUGUGGCGGAUAUGCUCUCGCGUGCCGCUGGCGCAGACCACAUCAUCACCAUGGACCUGCAUGCUCCCCAGAUCCAGGGCUUCUUUAACAUUCCGGUGGAUCACUUGUCCGCGGAGCCCGCGGUCCUGCAGUGGAUUGGGGAGAACGUCGCCGAUUGGAGGACCUGCAUCAUCGUGUCCCCGGACGCGGGCGGAGCCAAAAGGGUCACGUCGAUAGCAGACAGGUUGAAUGUGGAAUUUGCCUUGAUCCACAGGGAGAGGAAGAAGGCGAACGAAGUGGACCGGAUGGUGCUGGUGGGCGGCGUGAAGAACCAUGCGGCCAUCCUCGUGGAUGACAUGGCCGACACGUGUGGCACCAUCUGCCACGCUGCUGACAAGCUGAUCUCGGCCGGAGCCACCAAAGUUUAUGCCAUCCUUACCCAUGGGAUCUUCUCUGGGCCGGCUAUUUCCAGAAUAAAUAGUGCCCCCUUUGAGGCCGUUGUUGUCACAAACACAAUCCCGCAAGAGGACAAAAUGAGUCACUGCUCCAAGAUCCAGGUUAUUGACAUUUCGAUGAUCUUGGCCGAGGCGAUCCGCAGUAACCACAAUGGUGAAUCCCUGUCCUACCUGUUCAGCCACGUGCCCCUGUGAAUCCAGGCGGGAGCGCGGAGCAAGCCUGCUGGCUUCUGACUCGUGUGUUUUUAUCUGAUUCUUAGCUUUAGGACUCAGCAUUUAGAACACAAGACAUCAGAUUGUUGUGCCGUCCAACACCCACUGUUUCUCCCUUUGCACCUCCAGACCCAUCAACUGAACGCUGCCUCUGUGUCCUUCAUUCUUCGCGGCCUCAGUCCACACCUUUGGGAACCCCUGGACCUGCUAAGGCUGGACCCCAACAAGAGUUACAUCCUUCCUGUUUGUUUUGUCUUUUAUAGCAGAAUUGAAUAGUCUCAAAUACUACAGCAAAAGCACAUAACAACUAGAAACCAUUUUGGAGGUGUGUUUUUUUUUUUUUUUAAGUGGAGGCUAUAGGGGAUGCGGUUUUGGAUUAGGGAGGUGGCUGUGGAGAUUCAAGAAUGAUGCCAUGAGGUGAAGUGAGCAGAAAGAAUGAUUGAUGAGAUAUAGUAGGUGAAUAUGAUGGGCAAUGUUGGUCAGCGGAUCCAACAUCCAUUUUAGCCCCCUUCUCCCUCCCAGUGUAGAGGUUAGAAAACUUAAAUACUCAUUGGCAGCCUCUCUUGUUCCAGGGGGGUGGGAGGGAAGAUGGCCAAGGCCACAGUUCUAGCCAUGCACCCAAUGAUUUAAAUAUGAAAGUAUGCUCAGGGGAAUUUCUGUGGCUAGUGUGGCUCAGUUGAUUGUGCAU